GGUGGUUUACGCUGAUUGGCUAGUGCAAAUUGCAGCUUUGGUUGGUGCCGCAUCUUGCGAUGAAGUUCUCCGAGUGCACCCCGCCGCUGUGCGCGGAAGUCCUGACCGGCAUCCAUGAGCUUGGUUUCACGGAGAUGACGCCAGUCCAGUCUGCGACGAUUCCUCUCUUCCUCACCAACAAAGAUGUGGCUGUGGAUGCCUCCACGGGCAGUGGGAAGACGCUUGCAUUUGUGUUGCCAACCGUUGAGAUGUUGCGUCGCCGGCUCCUUGCAACCCAGGACGACGACGUUGCCAACGUCUUGUCCACGAAGAAAUACAGUCAACUCAUGGCGAUGGUGCUGUCGCCCACGCGUGAGUUGGCGCGUCAGAUCUACGACCAAGCGGUGUACUUUUUCAGCCGCGUGCUGCCCGACGUCCACGUGCUCUUGUUUGUGGGCGGGACGUCCGUCGAAGAAGACAUGGCUGCGAUUCGCGCGGCGAAAGGUCAUGUGAGCGUCAUCGUCGGCACACCAGGUCGUAUCGAGGACAUGUUGAAUCGAGUGGCGGAGCUGGCGAUUCUCGACACGAAGGAGUUUGAAGUGCUCAUUUUGGACGAAGCAGACACGUUGCUGGACAUGGGUUUCGACGUCAGCAUCAACAACAUCUUGUCAAAACUGCCCAAGCAGCGGCGCACGGGACUGUUUUCAGCGACGCAGACGCAGGAAGUCAAAGCGCUGGCUCGUGCGGGCCUUCGCAACCCCGCGACAGUGUCCGUGCAGCUCGCAUCCAACACCAAGACGCCGUCGACGCUCACCAACUUUUACACGGCCGUCGAGUACGACGCCAAGCUGGCGACGUUGCUCCGAUUCGUCCAAUCCAAACCGACCGAGAAGCACAUUGUGUUUUUCUCAACGUGUGCAUCGGUGGACUUUUUCGGAGCGGUCCUGGCGCAUCUCACAAAGGCAGAAGUUCCUGACGUGAGUGUGGUGACGCUCCAUGGCAAGAUGCAGCCGAAGAAACGCAUUGCCCACUACGACGAGUUUGUCCAGGCGACGUCCGGCCUCCUCGUGUGCACGGACGUUGUCGCGCGCGGGAUCGACUUGCCCGACGUGGACUGGAUCAUCCAGUUUGAUCCGCCGCAGGACCCCAACUUUUUUGUUCAUCGCGUGGGCCGGACAGCGCGGGCGGGGCGGUCCGGAUCGGCACUCACGUUUCUCUCGCCGAACGAGGACGCGUAUGUGAAUUUUUUGAGCAUCCGCAAGGUGCCUCUCGAGGAAAUGAACGUGACUGCGUCCGCGGAGGAUGCAGUGGCCGUCCUGGAGCAAGUCAAGGCGCUGCAGCUGACCGACCGCGACGUGGUCGAAAAGGGCACGAAAGCGUUUAUUUCGUUUGUCCGGUCGUACAAAGAGCACCAGUGCCAGUUUAUCUUUCGCUUCAAAGACUUGAACUUGGCCAAAGUCGCAACAGGGUUUGCGCUCUUCCAAUUGCCGAAAAUCAACGAGCUGCGGUGCCUCGACAACGUCGCAUUCACACCGUCCGGCGUCAAGGUCGUCGACAUUCCGUACAAGGACAAGGCCCGCGAAAAGCAACGACAGAAAAAGCUGCUCGAGAUCGCCGCCGAGCACAAGGCGGAGAAGCUCGACCGGUUUGAGAAAAAGCAGGCGGACAAAAAGCGCAAGCUGGCCGCCGUCGAGGACGGCCCCCGCCGCCGGGAAAAGAAAAAGGGGAUGCACCAGCAGAUUGUAGAAGAGUGGGAAGAACUUGAGAAGGAGGAGCAUCUGUUUAAGAAGUUUAAGCGCGGGAAGCUCACCAAGGAAGAGUACGAAGCGGCCCUCGGCGAUCUCUCGGACGGCGACGACGCGGGGAUGCCCAAGAAAGACAAGAAGUUUCAGAAGAAGGUCGUGGUCAAGCAAAAAACAUCCGAGCAAAAGGCGAAUGCCGCCAAGCGCGAGGAGCGCAUUCGCGCCCGUAAAAAGGCCGAGCACAUCAAGCGAAGCCAACAGCGCGCGAAGGCGAGGCGGCGCUAGCUUUCGUCUGGGCGGACCACCACACUACAUGUCGACAACUAAUUUAAACACGCGUGUGUGCUGUCAUGGCCAGCGGUGUGCUCUGGGGAGUCAAAAUUGCCAGCGGAAGGCUCUUUCGACGACCAUGGAACGAAUGAAAGUCGGGGGAUGUUGUGAAUAGAACUGCAUGAUAGCUAGCUGUCAUGAAAGAAGGAAGCGCGUCGGCGGCGUCCACGUCGCCGCGCCAGUUCUCGUGUCGUAGUAGUACGCAAGUCCUGUGGCUGGAUCGACAAGUUGGGGAAAGAGGGCACGAGCCAGGGUCGCCAUGAGUUGCCGCGCCUGCCGCCGCCGGUACAUGCCUUGGAUCUUCAUCGCGGCUUCGUUCAGUCCAAGUUUGCGGCGCUGCGGCGGUGACGUGAUGGCGCGGAGCGCCCACUGCCCUGUUGCAUGGGCAGAUGGAAAUGUCGCAAACUUGGACAGUACGUUGUCGAGGACGAUCUUCGCGCCGGCUUUUUGCGCGGGCGUCCACCCCUUGAUGUCUGCUCACAAGCAUCAACUGAAUGCCACCCGGUGGGGGCACCGACCAAGGUGAGCUGCCGCGCCGAGC